AUGGAAGAGUUGUCAGGGCAGAAAAGAAAGGUACCAAAGGUCAUUGAGGACUUAAUCGAAAGAUCACCUAGAGGGUCUGUUGCAGGACUGGAAGCAGAGAGAACACCAAGAGUAUCUAAACUGGGGCUGGAUGCAGAAAGUCCCAAAAGUCAAAGGGCUUCCCGACCACUUUUACAGAAACCAGAAAAAGGAAGAGGCUCUUCUCAGGGCUGGAAGCGAAAAUCACCAAGAGGCCAUCUGCAGGCUGGAAGCAGAAAGGUCACCAAAAGGGGGUCAUCUGCAGACGGAAACGAAAAGGGCACCAAGAGGGUCAUCUCUGGGCUGGAAACAGAAAGGUCCCAAAAGGUCACGCGGGCUGGGAAACAGAGGGUCUUUAAUGGCCCCAAGAAAGGGCUUUCCAAGCCUCUUUUGCAGAACCAAAUAGAAACGUCACUAAAGGAUCUUUGCUGGGCUGAAAACAAAAAAUCCCAAAAGGGUAUCUGCUGGACUUGUGCUGGGAUUAUAUCUGAGUCGUUUAAAGGGUCAAUGGGAAAAUUGAUACAUUCACCCGGCAAGAACCUUCAUAAGUCUAGGCUCAUCGCAGGAAUGGAAGCAGGAGGUCACCAAGAGGGGCUCGCAGGACUAGAAACGAAAGGUCACCAAAAGCGGGUGGAUGCAGAAAGUUCACCAAGAGGAUCUUAUGCUGGACUGGAAGCAGAAAGGUCACCAAGAGGUUCAUCCGCUGGACUUGUAGCUGGGGAGUCAAUUGAAGGAUCGAUGGAAGACCUGACUGGCAUUCCAUUAAUAAAAGAACCUUCAGUAAGUCUAGGCGUCCUGGAAUCACCAAGGGGAUCGAUUGCUGGGCUAGAAGUUGAGAUGAUACCAUCUAUAAGGACUCCAAGAGGCUCAUCUGCAGGAAUCAACUCAAGAAGGUCAUCUAAAGCCUCUUCUGCAGGGCCAGAAAGAGUAAGAUCACCAAGAGGCUCUUCUGCAGGAAUGGAAAAAGAAAGGUCACCAAGAGGGUCAUCUGCAGGACUGGAAGCAGAGAGGUCACCAAGAGGGUCUUCUGUAGGGCUGGAAGCAGAAAGGUCACCAAGAAGCUCAAGAAGGUCUUCAAAAGCCACUUCUGCAGAACCAGAAAUAGACUGUGGAAUUGAAGCAGAAAGAUCACUAAGAGGAUCCUAUGCUGGACUAGAAGCAGAAAGGUCACCAAGAGGCUCAUCUGCAGGAAUAGACUCAAGAAGGUCAUCUAAAGCCUCUUCUGCAGGGUCAGAAAGAGUAAAAUCACCAAGAGGCUCAUCUGCAGGACUGGAAGCAGAAAGGUCACCAAGAGGAUCUUAUGCUGGACUGGAAGCAGAAAGGUCACCAAGAGGCUCAACUGCAGGACUUGAAGCAGAAAGGUCACCAAGAGGAUCUUAUGCUGGACUGGAAGCAGAAAGAUCACCAAGAGGUUCAUCUGCUGGCCUUGAAGCAGAAAGGUCACCAAGAGGAUCUUCUGUUGGACUGGAAGCAGAAAGGUCACCAAGAGGUUCAUCUGCUGGCCUUGAAGCAGAAAGGUCACUAAGAGGAUCAUCUGCUGGACUUGAAGCAGAAAGGUCACCAAGAGGAUCUUAUGCUGGACUGGAAGCAGAAAGGUCACCAAGAGGUUCAUCUGCUGGCCUGAAAGCAGAAAGGUCACCAAGAGGAUCUUAUGCUGGACUGGAAGCAGAAAGGUCACCAAGAGGCUCAUCUGCUGGGCUGGAAGCAGAAAGGUCACCAAGAGGGUCAUCUGCUGGACUGGAAGCAGAAAGGUCACCAAGAGGCUCAUCUGCUGGGCUGGAAGCAGAAAGGUCACCAAGAGGCUCAUCUGCUGGCCUUGAAGCAGAAAGGUCACCAAGAGGAUCUUAUGCUGGACUGGAAGCAGAAAGGUCACCAAGAGGGUCUUAUACAGGACUGGAAGCAGAAAGGUCACCAAGAGGGUCUGCUACAAGUAUCAAAGAGCCAUACAUAGAAACUGAAAUAGACAGAAGCUCAUCACCAGGUAUGGAAGCAGAUGCUUCACCAAGAGAAUCUUUAUUAGCCCGAGAUACAUUACAAGAGUCUAUUUCAGAAGUAGAAAAAAGAGAUCUCUUCUAG